CCAUUAAAACAAGUAGUCCUUCAAGAUGGCGGACUGGCAGACGGGACAAAACGAAGCGGAGAUUUAUAAAGUGAUUUCCUCGGUUUAUUCACGGUGAAGGAGGCUGUUACUGUCUGCCUGGCACUUGGCACUCUUCACCGUUCUGCUUUCCGCCUGGAGUGCCACGGGGCCAUCAGUGAGUGCCGGGCAGCUGACGGUGGACCUGGUAAUUACCUGUGAGAAGGUGGGCACCACCCAGCCCCUCUGACCGCAGCAGCAAAGACCAGUGCCAUGUCUUGCCUGCCCAGUCCCUUGCUGUCAUGCAGACCCCCUCAUAGAAAGUGAGCGACAUAACCUCCUGACUGAGCUGGUCCAGGAGGUGUUGGUCCUGCAGUGCCUACGAGCGAUGGGACAACAACCAAAUCCCUGGCCACAGCUGCGCUACCUCACCUCCCACACAACAGAGGAGGACGUGCAGGGGCUAGUCUCACUUGGGGCCUUGGAGCUGGAGAACACAAAGGAAGAACAAACAACAGCAGACCUGAUGGUUCUUACGAGGCUGUUUGUGACAAGCUACACUAACUAUCUAAUCAAAGGUGGAAGAUGAAGGACAGCAAGAUGAAGAAGCGUCUCUCAGCCCUUCCUCUUGGGUGCCGGCUUUGUCAAACUCUUCAUGGAAAUUUGUGACCUGCCGACCACUGUGCUGCUCAUCAAGUUUGUGGAGGAGGGAGACAGUGCGAUGGGCACAGUCAUGCUGCUCAACUUUCUCAAUGCUUGGAAGGUCCAGGUGAGGAGGAGCAAGCUGCAACAUGGACGAUGCCUUUUCUUGAAAAAAUAUGUUUUGGAGCCCAACACCACAGAGGUUGCCAGGAGUGAAAUUUUUAUAUUCAAAACUUGCCUCAGAACUAGCAGUGGUGCCAGAAUGCUAGGGGUACAUCAGCUGCAUCCCACACUCCCAGGCUGUACUUGGGACACGCUACAUGGGAGUACUUGCAUGGGAGGGCCUGAUACAAAAUGUAUUGUGAACAGGAGCUGACCAGCCGCCCCGGAGAGCCCAGCGACCACACCCUGCAAGACAGCCUGCUCAUCCUGGGACACACACAGCCUCACCCUUCAGGCAGGAGACUGACGGCCAUCAGUGAGUGCCGGGCAGCUGACGGUGGACCUGGUAAUUACCUGUGAGAAGGUGGGCACCACCCAGCCCCUCUGACCGCAGCAGCAAAGACCAGUGCCAUGUCCUGCCUGCCCAGUCCCUUGCUGUCAUGCAGACCCCCUCAUAGAAAGUGAGCGACAUAACCUCCUGACUGAGCUGGUCCAGGAGGUGGUGGUCCUGCAGUGCCUAUGAGCAAUGGGACAACAACCAAAUCCCUGGCCACAGCUGCGCUACCUCACCUCCCACACAACAGAGGAGGACGUGCAGGGGCUAGUCUCACUUGGGGCCUUGGAGCUGGAGAACACAAAGAAAGAACAAACAACAGCAGACCUGAUGGUUCUUACGAGGCUGUUUGUGACAAGCUACACUAACUAUCUAAUCAAAGGUGGAAGAUGAAGGACAGCAAGAUGAAGAAGCGUCUCUCAGCCCUUCCUCUCGGGUGCCGGCUUUGUCAAACUCUUCAUGGAAAUUUGAGACUGGGCAUGCACAAGGCGACCCAUUGUAGUAGCAGUGUUGUGUUCCCCAGUGACCUGCCGACCACUGUGCUGCUCAUCAAGCUUGUGGAGGAGGGAGACAGUGCGAUGGGCACAGUCAUGCUGCUCAACUUUCUCAAUGCUUGGAAGGUCCAGGAGCUGACCAGCCGCCCCGGAGAGCCCAGCGACCACACCCUGCAAGACAGCCUGCUCAUCCUGGGACACACACAGCCUCACCCUUCAGGCAGGAGACUGACGGCCAUCAGUGAGUGCCGGGCAGCUGACGGUGGACCUGGUGGGCACCACCCAGCCCCUCUGACCACAGCAGCAAAGACCAGUGCCAUGUCUUGCCUGCCCAGUCCCUUGCUGUCAUGCAGACCCCCUCAUAGAACACUGACCUCAUCAUGGCAGAGACUGGGCAUGCACAAGGCGACCCAUUGUAGUAGCAGUGUUGUGUUCCCCAGUGACCUGCCGACCACUGUGCUGCUGAUCAAGCUUGUGGAGGAGGGAGACAGUGCGAUGGGCACAGUCAUGCUGCUCAACUUUCUCAAUGCUUGGAAGGUCCAGGAGCAAGCUGCAACAUGGAUGAAGCCUUUUCUUGGAAAAAUAUGUUUUGGAGCCCAACACCACAGAGGAGCUGACCAGCCGCCCCGGAGAGCCCAGCGACCACACCCUGCAAGACAGCCUGCUCAUCCUGGGACACACACAGCCUCACCCUUCAGGCAGGAGACUGACGGCCAACAGUGAGUGCCGGGCAGCUGACGGUGGACCUGGUGAUUACCUGUGAGAAGGUGAGGCAGUAUCUGAAGCACA